CUAAGAUUAAAUAAGAAUCCAGAAUAUAAAUUAUUAAACAAAAGUAAUAUGUCAUAGGAGGAUCAUUUAAAAGUUCUUGACCUGAAGUUUAAGUAUUGUGACCUGCUGAAAUAUCAAAUGAAGCUGUGAAAGUACUUUAAUCAUAGUAAAUUAAUUUUUUGAAUCGAUAAUGGUUGAAGGUUGGGAGCUAAAUGGGACGGCCAACAUUUUGAAUAAGUCUUAAAUUGAGGGAUAGAUUCAAACCAAAAUAGGGAAUUUUAAGCUGACUCAUUUAUAAAUGCUUAUAAGUUUAGACCUAUGGGCUUUGGAUUACUACUACAAAAUGUUGACAUUUAUAAAAUCUUAAGUUUUUUCAAUAUAAAAAUACCACAAGGAUUUCUAAAUUAUAUUCCAACAAUACAUAAAUUAGGAAUGA